AUGCGAGACUCGGUGGAUUUCGCUUUGGACGAGUAUGAGAGCUCGGAAAUCGACGGAAAUGGGACGAGUGAAGAAGAAAUAAUAGCAUGGCUGGCGAUGAAUCAGAAUGGACAAGAUGGGUCGAUGAAUGCACAUUUAUCUAUUGAUUUGAGUGGCUGGUCUGCUCUGGUGAAUACGGCUUUUGGCUUUGGUGUCUCCUAUGUGUCACUUGGUGGAAUUGCGAUUCUAAUGAACGGCACUUUUCUCUUUGCUUUGUUAUCAAAGCGAUCUCAAGUUUUCUCUCACGUUUUCUAUGUGAUGAUCUUCAAUUUUGUGCUUAUUGAUAGUUUGAAAGGGAUUUGCUCAAUACUAUUUGCGUUAAAACUUCUCAAAUCGGAUAUGGAUGCGAUAGGGACAUUGUGGAUUGUGAAGAUCGAUCAGAUGAGUGCAUUUCUGUUGAGAUUCUCCAAUCUGGCCACAAUUCUCAACUUGACGAUGAUCACAAUCAAUGAAUAUCUCUUCAUUUGUUAUCCGCUGCAGUAUCCAAAUAUUGUUACAAGAAAUCGAGUGAUCUGUUGCUUGGUUGUGAGUUGGAUCACUUCCUUUGGGCUCACGAUUUCAAAUGCUGUUGUCUCACAGGCACAUCAAUCGAUUCUCAUUGAUCUCGAGUGUCAAGCCGAAUUUGAGGCACAAGACGAUUCCCUCAACGAGACCGAGACUUUCCCGUGUCUUCUCCAUGUGGAACCCUCUCGUUCAGCUCAAUACGCAUAUCAUUUUGGUGUAAUCGUGUUUUGUGGUAUCUGUUUGGCCAUCACCGCCACGUCAUACAUCAUCUUGUUGAGGGUGAUCUCGAGGAUUGUCAAGGCUGACUUUUCGAGCACUGCCGAAGCUGUGUACCUCAAUGAGAACAUGCAGAAUGGUGAUCGUCGAGUACUUGAGAAGAGUCUCGUCAAGCGGCACAAAUACGUGGCAGUGAUUGGGACGGUGAUCAUCGUUUAUGCUGUUUAUCUCACUGCUUAUGCUUCGAUUCAAUUGUUACAGUUGAUCAAUAUGACAUCCGGACUCUCGAGUCACUACGUGUUCGUUUAUGUGAAAUAUGUUUGUUAUACGUUUAUUUCACUUCAUUCAAUCCUUCAACCCGUUUGCUAUUUGAGAAUGCGAGAGUUUCGAUGUCUUGUUAAAAGAGCAAUUUGCACGAGUAAACGAAAACAAAGUGAAAUCAUCUAUCAAGAUCAGUGUGGAUCCGAUGGAAGAAGAAGCGAUCUAAUCGAUUCGAGACGGGCAACGAAUAAGGAAUUCUUA